CUCGGAUUCAAUGGCGUCUAGGGACUCUGAUCCAUCCAAGGAUCUUCAGAUGGUGGAAGUGCAAGAUGGAAGUCAAAGUUCUAGGGAUAUUAUCUCUGUUAUUGAUUCCUCAAAGAAACAAGUUGCGGCUCAUCGAUGCGUUUCUAUAAAGAAAAGAAUGGAAGAAAACAGGCAAAAGCUGAUUGGUAUCACAAACCAUUUUUAUAAUUUGUCAAAGGCAAGGAGAAACAAUUUGAUGACUGAUACUGAUAAUAUAGAUUUAUUGACAAAAAGGCAAGCUGAUGCACUUGGUAUGUUAAAUGGUCUUGAUGUAAAUAAUGGUGAAAAGGAUAACGAUUGCUUCCAAGAAGAUAGCCCUGCCUCAUCUUCAGUUCUUUUAGGGACUGUUUUGGUAUUAAAGAGUGCUCUUCGUCCUAUCAAACUCCCGGAAGUCAAGAAAUUGCCUCCUUAUACUACAUGGAUUUUUUUGGAUAGAAACCAGAGAAUGACAGAAGAUCAAUCGGUGCUUGGCCGAAGGAGAAUUUACUAUGAUCAAAGUGGUGGAGAAGCUCUAAUCUGCAGCGACAGUGAGGAGGAGUUAGUCGAGGAGGAAGAAGAAAAGAAAGAAUUUGGGGAUGGAGAAGACUAUAUCCUUCGAACGACAAUCCAAGAAGUUGGUUUAUCUGAUGCUGUGCUGGAUUCACUGUCUGAAUGCCUUUCUAGAAAGCCUAGUGAUAUCAGGGCAAGAUAUGAAAUUCUUUUGAAGAGAGAAAAAGAUGUGCAGUGUUCUAAGGAGAGGGACUGUGAAGAUCAUCCAAACACAGAUGAUUCUUUUCUCAAUAAAGAUCUAGAUGCAGCUUUGGAUUCUUUUGACAACCUAUUUUGUCGACGAUGUCUCGUGUUCGAUUGUAGAUUACAUGGAUGUUCUCAGGAUCUUGUUUUCCCCGCUGAAAAGCAACCUGCAUGGAGCUGUUCAGAUGAGGAAAAUGUUCCAUGUGGCAUUAAUUGUUAUCGACUAGCCUUGAAGCAUCCAAAUACUGCUCCUGCUAGCUCUCCUAUCCAUAAUGGUUUUGAAGAAAAACCUAUUGAUUCUUCUGUUAGUGCUGAGACUUGUAUAUCACCAAGGAAGAAAAUCUGUGGUUCAUCUGUUGGUAAGAGGCAGAAGUCUGACCAGAGUGAAAGUGCUUCAUCCAAUGGAAGAAAUAUGUUGGAAAGCAGUGAGUCAGAGAUAAUACCUAGGGGGGACAACCCUUCUGUCAACCACUCUCCAACACCCCCUAAGAUAAAGCUUGUGGGGAAAUGUGGAGUUCGUAAGAGGAAUAGCAAGAGAGUUGCUGAGCGUGUUCUUAUUUGCAUGCGCAAGAGGCAGAAGAAAAUGGUUGCUUCUCAUUCUGAUUCUGAUGUGGUGGCAUGUCUUAGGGCAAGAGACAUGAAACUUAGAUCUAAUUCUUGUAAAGAAAAUGAAGAUGCUAGUUCUUUUUCACAACAAAAAGUAAACUCUCUAGUUACAAGAAAGUCUAGAAGGAAGGGAUCACCAGUAAAGGCCAGUCAAGAGUUAUCGUCAGCUAAAGCUCAUGAUGGACCAUCCAAAGAUAGUAAGGAUUCACUUAUGAUUAUUAGUGAGGAUGUCUUGAGGAAAGGGGAGUUUGUUGAUAAAAACAUCUAUAAACAAGAACUAGUGAGUGAUAAAUCUUGGAAAACUAUUGAGAAAAGCCUCUUUGCGAAAGGUGUAGAGAUAUUCGGAAGGAAUAGCUGCUUAAUUGCUAGGAACCUUUUGAAUGGAAUGAAGACAUGUGCUGAGGUUUUUCAGUAUAUGAGUUUCACUGAAAAUAAACUAUUUUCUGGAUCUGGUGAUGGUAAAAAUUCUCUGGUUGAAGGCCAUUCAAAGGUUGACUAUACUGAUUCUAUGGAUGCUAAACCACGAAGAUCAAGGUUCUUGCGCAGGAGGGGGAGGGUUCGUCGCUUAAAGUAUACUUGGAAGUCUGUUGGUUACCAUUCAAUCAGGAAGAGGAUUAGUGAGAGGAAGGAUCAACCAUGCCGGCAGUUUAACCCAUGUAGCUGCCAAUCAGCUUGCGGAAAGGAGUGCACUUGCCUUUUAAAUGGAACCUGCUGCGAAAAGUAUUGUGGAUGUCCUAAAAGUUGCAAGAAUCGUUUUAGAGGCUGCCAUUGUGCCAAAAGUCAAUGUCGAAGUCGUCAGUGCCCAUGCUUUGCUGCCAAUAGGGAAUGCGAUCCAGAUGUUUGUAGAAAUUGCUGGGUUGGUUGUGGUGAUGGUACUCUCGGUGUCCCUUCCCAAAGAGGUGACAAUUAUGAAUGCCGUAAUAUGAAGCUCCUUCUCAAACAACAACAAAGGGUCUUGCUUGGAGGGUCUGAUGUAUCUGGCUGGGGAGCAUUCCUGAAGAAUAGCGUUGGCAAACAUGAGUACCUGGGGGAGUACACUGGAGAAUUGAUAUCACACCGAGAAGCUGAUAAGCGUGGAAAGAUUUAUGACCGUGAAAAUUCAUCGUUUCUUUUCAAUCUGAAUGAUCAGUUUGUUCUUGAUGCUUAUCGGAAGGGAGACAAAUUGAAAUUCGCCAACCAUUCUCCUGAUCCAAAUUGCUACGCCAAGGUCAUCAUGGUAGCUGGGGAUCAUAGGGUGGGUAUAUUUGCAAAGGAACGGAUAAACGCAGGAGAGGAACUCUUUUACGACUAUCGCUAUGAGCCAGAUCGAGCUCCUCCCUGGGCAAGGAAGCCUGAAGCUGCAGGGUUGAAAAAAGAGGAAUCAGUUCCUUCGAGUGGCCGUGCAAAGAAGCUUGCUUGAUUUAAAUCCUUUCCUCAAAUGCUUAUCCAUUUUUUUCAUUCCCUUUAUAUCUUUUCAUCUCAUUCUUUAACAUUUGAAGUAUCAUAGCCAUUGAUGUCGAUGAAAGGUAUACCCUCGUUGACCCUGUUUUAGAUCUGCAAUUUCAUCUUUAUAAAAGAUUUCAUUAAUUUUUUAAAAGGCUUGGUGAAAUUGAUUCCAUUACAAAACUCUAAGCAACUUUUUCUGUUCUUUUUUCCGAGGACAAUUCAAGCCUUCCUGAUAUGAUAGAAAGGACAUUUGAUG